AGUAUUUUUUUCAUCUUAAUGUGCGGUCACACUGGUAUUUGCCGAAACAAAACGAGCUAUUUACAUCUUUUUAAAUUUGAAAGAAAACAACUCUAUUUAAUUAGCUUAAUCCAAAGAAUUAUAAACUUACUCAACUUGUUAGAUAAGGCUUCCCAAGAAAUGUCGGAGCUGGCUUGACCAUCAUUCGCAGCUGCGCCAAUUUUCCGAAACCAUCAAUUAAACCAGAAAAGUGCGUUACAUCAAGUGCAGAAUUAAAGGAGAUCAUCGUCGGUGGAUAGCCCUGCGGGAGCAGAAGGAGGAAGCACAUACCACUCGCUGGAGACAAGUUAUUUGGCUGCCAACCAGAGAAGAAAUUGAUUUUCUCUUGCAGCAGCAGAAACUGGCAGACGAGACGUGCAUCUUCAUCGGAAUAUGACGACUAGAGGCCACCCGAAAUAGCUCCUGUUUCCUGUAUUGACCUAAUUGCUAAAAUGGUAGUGGAAUGCCCGCUACGCUGAGGCUUCCCUCUUGCGAUUUUCGGAGCCAGAUCGGACCGUGUAGUAUGGAAAGCAACGACAGCAGCGAUAGCACCGGGGACAGCAUAAAAUCCAUUCCCCGGCCGGACUACGAAGCCCUCUCCGCCAUUCAUAGUCCGCAGCCGCAGAUGCUGGAUGACCACAUGGAUAUCCAGACCGACAGCCAUUUGGAGCCGGCCAACAUGCCCAGCAAGCGCCAAAAGUAUGUGGUCAGCGCACCGCCCAGGUCGGCCAACGGCAGCAGCAACUCCUCCAGUUCCAGUCCUUCCAACAUUAAUGUGGGAUCCUCCCUGACCAUGAAGCUGACCAAGGUCAGCACUUCCACCCCGAACAACAAGAGCCAGCCCAAGGUGCCCAAGGAGAUGAUUGCCCUGCAACGAUCCCACAUUGAAUCCGAAGUGCUGACCAAUUUCGUUAUCGACGGAUCCAAAUUGAAGCGGAGGAAGUCGCGCUACGCGCCCACGAAUCUCGUACAGCAGGAGCUGUCUCGCAGCUUGAACACCUCAACCUCCAAAAAUGUGGAAAAGUCUACAAAGGCAGCCCUUAAGCGGAGUAAGAGUAUCCCAGCUCCGAAUUGCGAUUCCGACGAGGAUUGGUGCCAGGAAGAAGCGAUCGGGAAGGUUCGAAAGCUCGGGAGAAUUCGGGGACGUUCAAUGGCUUUCGACGAGGGCGAGCGUCUGGCCGAUCUGAAUGCCGAGGACAGCAACAGCAUGCCGGCGGACCACCAGCUCAACCGCUUGAAAUCCCGCAGCAAGACACUGUCGCUGAGUAACAGUUGGAGCAACGACGAGCGAACAUCGCGGAGAAGCAACAUGCGCAGCGAGAACGAAGAGUUCGCUAAGAAGCACAGCGCCUUCCUCGAGAGCAUCAUGAACGAUAACCCAGAGUCGGAGCUGGCCCUGAAUACUUCGGGGGAGGUGGACGCCGACGCAGACAGCGACUGGCCAAGUGGGGAGCUGGAGGCGCACAACUCUCUGUUCUCGGACGUCAGCGAGUCAAAGACUAUAGCUUCCGCACCUGAAAAAGAGCAGGAAGAGGAGGCCAUACAGAGAUUGCGAGUGAUCUGGCAAGAGCCGCCUAUGGCUGGCUGGGAUCCCUUCUGCUGGAAGUGCCGCGAAUGCGGAAAGCUGCAACCCUGCUCCAAGUGCUUGCGCUCAUUUCACUCCUACUGCGUGCGACCCGCCACCACAAAGUUUGACUCUGCCUGGAAGUGCCCCGAGUGCCAAUUGAUAGAGGCGGCUCCGAAGAGGCUGCGGCGCAACGAUGUCUCCACCGAUCUGCUGAGCCAGCUGCUCUCCUUCGCCUUGGAGCGCAUGAAGCAUGUGCGCGGGGCCCACAAGCUUCGUUCACCGCUAGAAGUGUUCCCCCAGACCUACAAAAAGUAUUUCGUGAACCCGGUGAGCUUCGAGACUCUGGCGGAAAAAAUCCGCAAUGGAGCCUUCCAGAACACCGACGAGUUUCUCGGCGAGGUCAAGUGGAUCCAGCACAAUGCCCUCAUCUUGGACAACGGCGAUGCCAAAGUGGAGCAAGCUUCGAAGGCAGUGGUGAAGGUUUGCCGCCAGGAGGCGAACGAAAUCGACACCUGCCCCGAGUGCUAUUUGAACGCCAACUCCAGCGAUGAAUGGUUCGUCAAAGUUUGCCGACAACCCCAUCUCCUGCUGUGGGCCAAGUUGAAGGGAUUCCCGUACUGGCCUGCCAAAGCCAUGGGCUCCACAAAUCCAUCUCUGGUGAACGUGCGAUUCUUUGGCAAACACGAUCGGGCCUUCGUUCCUGUGAAGGAUUGCUUCUUAUAUUCCGCUCAGAACCCAAACACCCAGACCAGUCGGCGAUCGGCGAGGGAUUUGGCGGAAUGCGUGCAUGAGGUGGAGGUGCAUAUAGAGCACAUAAAGCGGAAGAUAGGAGCUUUCAACUAUGCCCCAUUUCGCACCGCUUACGACCCGAUGGAGGAACAACAGCAGCUGGAGCAAAUGAUGCCUGGCGUUUUUGCGGCCAUUGAUCGAGAGUUGGAGCCCGCGAAUAAAACGCCACUGCAGUUCCUCAUCCGCAAGACAGCGGGUGAUAAACUGUCCAUUGUUAAGAAGAGCAAAACCACGGAGUCGGGCAAUGAGUCCGAUCCAUCCAGUAGUCCGGCCAAGAAGGCCCUGGAAGCGGAGGUUGUACCAGUGGCAAUAGCCGCAUCGAGCGAUCAUCCGAAGCACAAGAGCAGCAACUACGAGGUCAUAUCCAGGUCGGGCGAAUCUCUCACCGACUCGCGAUGUAAGGUCCUUCUCAAGCGGAAAUCCCUAGCCACGAAAACCAGCACAACACCCGCUCCAAUGGAAACUCCUGAGCCUGUGUCUACGAAGCGCAAACAUUCCCUAAGUGAUGCUAGUUGCACCAGUGAGUCCAGUGACUACAAGAAAAAGUCCAAGCACGCCAGAAAACAGCACGACAAGGAGCCGGACAGAGAGUUGGAGGAAAAAACAGUAUCGAAUAAGGAUAUUUUGAAAUUAAAGGAGCAACUGCAGAAAAAGGAGACAUUAAAUCAGGAAGCAAAAGAUGCAACGGCAGCUUCAGUGGUUUCUGUUGUGGAAUUGGUCCAGCGCCGUCAGGGAGUUACCAUCACCAAGAUUCCACGGGAACAGCCGCAGCAAGUGCCUGCCGAAGAAUCUCCAGUUGUUGCAACUGCACCUCCACCUGCACCUCCGCCUGCUCCUCCGACUGUCCCACCACCUGAUCCUCCCGCUGUCCUUCCACCUUCUCCUCCCGCUGUCCCUCCACCUACUCCUUCUCCAGCACCUAAGCCAGCAGUCAACUCCACAGUGACAAAGACUAAAGCCCAAGAAAAAGCUGAAGCCCAGUCAGAAGUCGAGCGACAGCAGCAGCAGCUCAUCAAGAAGGUUAUUCCGUUCGUGGAAAUCAAAACGGAAGUAAUGUCGGAGCCAGAGGAGGAAGACACUGAGGCGGCUGCCAGAACCCAUCAAAAUCUAACCGAGCAGCUCGCCCAGCAACAAGCUCAGGAAGAGUCACUGCGAAGGCAGCAAGCGGUCACUGCUCCACCACCGGAGCCACCAGUGGCAGCCCCGGUUCGACCUGCACCCACUGAGCCAGUGCGACAGACAGUUCCGGAAGCGAUUAAAAUUAAGGAGGAAAUUCUCAGCGAGGACGAAAUGGAAACAGAUCAACAAGAGCCACGGCCCAGUUUUAGCCAAAGAUCGGAAACGAUACCCAUGCCGCAACCGAUGCCACCGCCCGCUCCAUUGCCGUCGCGCUCGGAAACUGUUAUUCAACCCAUUCGAGAGGAGUCUCCUGCCACAGAUGAGCUAGUACGGUUUGUGGGCGACACCACCAUUCAAAGGAUAAACCAAAAGCCCAGUGGCAAAGCCACAGAUUCAACAUCCAAACGUCGUUCAGCUCCGCAAGGGCCGCAAACAGCACAGGCACUUGGUCUUACAUCCUCGAUAGUUCCGAUAACUUCUCCGACAUCUGCACCUAUGCCCGCAGCAUCUCCAUCGCCGUCUGCAUCGCCCAAGCCCCAUGGAGGUCAUGGGAGCAGCAAGACAGUGUCGGUACCACCACAGAUGUCACCGAAAGUCAAAUCCCCGGCCCCCCAUCAGUAUAGGCCGAAAGGCGAGCGCACAUCCAAUUCUACUUCGCCUCCAAGUGCUGCACAGGCCACACCUGCUUCGAAUCUGCUCCGAUCCAACAUGGUGGUGAUACCAGUAGAGCAGACUGCCAACUGCAAUCCAAACAAUACCAUGACAAUACCUGUUCCUCCCUUGAGGGCCGUUUCGAAAAGCACAUUGCAAAACUCACAAGCUCCGAUGCCUAAUCUUCCCGGCAGCAGCACCACAUCAAUGCCUCCCCCACUGGCAGGCUUGAGUGCUCUCCCGACAGGCGCAGGCACUACUCCAACGCAGACUGCAACAUCCAGCUCGGAGCAGAGCGGCAUUUUGGCCAAUGCUCUGAACGGAUUGCCAAGCGAAACUGUGGUGGGUGAUUCGAGCCUCAACGAUCCCAUAACUCCGGGGAUGGCCACGGCCCUAAGCGAGAUGCUUUUGCGCUCUGGUCCGCCAAAGUUGGUCGCUCGUCCCUGCGGCCCCCUGCAGUCGGAUGGCUCCCAGAUCUAUCCAUCGCAAGCAGGACCAGUUUCCAGGAAACUGAAGGAGAAUGCCCACAAGAUCACAGACUACUUUAUUUCUGUUAUCGAGGACACACUCUGCGACAUGGGCUCCGGGGAACAGAGUGUGCUCCAAGCCCGCAUCGCUGGCCUUUUGUUGGAGAACGAGCGACUGAAGCAGCACUACGAUCGUCAGCUAACGGACAUUCAACGCACCCACGAGCUGAUGUUAUCUGAAAUGCGCAAGACAAUAGAGCAGGAGAACAAACGGACAAUCAACGAACUCCGCCAGCAGAGCACCCUAGAAAGGAUGCGGGCUGUGGAGGAGGCGAAGAAGAAGCAGUGGUGUGCCAACUGCAUGCGUGAGGCGCAACUCUAUUGCUGUUGGAACACCUCGUACUGUGACUAUCCUUGCCAGCAGAUGCACUGGGUCAAGCACUCGAGCACUUGUGGGCAGGCGUCCAACAUGCAGCUGAAUCAGCCGCCACACUCUGCGCAAAUGCCUGUUGGAAUGGAACCUAUACGAUCCAAAUCCAAGACACCGAUGGCAACAACAUCGACGGCCAUUACGAGUGUCACGCCAAAUCCCAGUUCACAGAUAAUUCGGAAUGUUUCUGUUCCAGCAGCAGGACCUGCGAUGAGCGGUCCCGGUUCUAAAAAGUGGCCACCCAUGAUGCCUAUGAUGAACCCAUCCAAUCAGGAGGCGGUGCUCAAGCUGCCCUCCACCACCUAUCUGCGCCCGGUGGUCAGCAACAUAGGCACUACGGUGACGGCCACGCCGGUUGUGAAUAAUACGAAUAAUAGCAGCAUGAACGCAAUGAUGGUCUCCACUCCUGCACCGAGCAACCACAUGGCCAAUCUCAUGCCUGGUCAGCGAAAUGCCAUCAGCUUUCCAAAACAUACCCCGCAGACAGCUCCAGUUCAGCGCUUUAACAUACCUUUACCCAUGACUGUGAACCCCAAUCCUCCAUUUAGUCUGAUACCAGACCCACCACAUCAAAAGCAAUCAUCCAAGGCCACGGGGCGCAGUUCAGGAAAGAACAACAACCGAAUGCGGCAAAUGAAUAUGGGAAACAACAACCCGAGUCCACAGGGCAUGCGACACAAUCAAAUGAAUCAAGUGUUUAAACAGUGAAUAUUUUAGGAAUUAAAAAAGAAGAACAGAAUAGAUAGAAAGGAGAAUGCACCGCCUGGAAAGACUGCCUGUAAUUCAGGAAAAAGUAUCCUUGAUAUUCCAGAGAAACUCAGAAUCAAUUAUUUUUGUCUGAUCAGAAUGUACUAAGUCCAUCAUUUGGAUACCACCUUAAUAAUCCAGAUCCCCGAAGCGCUGCUAUUUUUUUAUUUACUCAGAGAGUAACAGUUUCUAAGUUGCAUUGACACUGAAAGACGAAGUUUUAUGUAUAAAGUUAUUAAUACAAUAAUAGUUACAUAAGUAUAUGGAUAGAUUCUGGUAUAUAUAACUAAUAAUAUAUAUCUCAACAUUUUUUUCAAUUAUUUGAUUUUACCAUAACGUAAUCGAAUAGAAUGUAAGAGAAGUGUAAACCCAUGAGAUGGAAUUUGCAAACAGUAGUUACUUGCAGUCAUACCAUUCACCAUUCAAAGCAUAAUGUACAUUUUUCUUUCAUCCGCCAUCUAUUACAUACACCCAUUUUAUGUAUAUUGAAAGCAAAGCUACAACUGAAACAUAAGGAAAAUACAUCUGAUGAAAUGUUUGAAUCACCAUAAAA